GACACCCCUGUGCCACGCAGGUGCCGGUAGCCCAUGGCGUCCUACCGCAUCCGGCAGUACCGGGAGCAGGACUACGACGCGGUGCGGAGCCUCUUCGCCCGCGGCAUCCUGGAGCACGCCCCGGCCGGCUACCGCCGCUUCCUGCGCUCGGCCCGGGCGCAGCUGGGGCUGCUCAUCCUCUUCAUCGGGGCGCGGGCGGCCGCCGGCUGCUGGCUGCUGGGGCUGGGCGCCGUGGCGGUGGCGCUGGUGGCCUUCUGGGUCCAGAUCCGCUCCUUCAGCACCACCUACGUGCAGCAGGCGCUGAGCACCGACCUCCUCGACAUCUCCGGCAGCUACCUGCGGGCGCCCGACUCCUGCUUCUGGGUGGCGGAGGCCAAGGGGACCGUGGUGGGCAUGGUGGCCGUGACCACCCCCGAGGAUCCGGCGCAGAGAGGGGCGGCCCUGGAGCUGAAGCGAAUGUCGGUCAGCAAGGACUACCGCGGGCAGGGCAUCUCCAAAGCGCUGUGCGGGGAGGUGCUGCGCUUCGCCCGGGCACGGGGCUUCAGGGCCGUGGUGCUCUCCACCUCCAUGGUGCAGGUGGCUGCCCAGCAGCUCUACGAGGGGCAGGGCUUCAAGAAGGUAGGAGUCACCAGCCCCUCGCUGUUUGCCGCCAUCGUGUGCUUCCAGGUCUACCAUUACCGCUACGACCUGCCCGGCAGCGCCGCAGCCCCGCCACACUAGGCACUGCCCUGGCACCCCAACCCUGGCACGUGGGGUGUGGCCACAGCAUCUCUGACCCUGGCUCUGGUGUGUGAAGUGCUGCCACAGCGCUCCUGACCCCAGCCUUAGUAUGUGAGGUACCGCCAUGGCACCCAUGAUUCCAGUCCUGGCAUAUGGGGCACUGCCGUGGCACAUCUGAACCCAACCCUGGCACGUGAUACACUAUUGAGGCACUCCUGACAUGGGCCCUGGCAUGUGGAGCCCCGCUGUGGCACUCCUGACACCAGCACAGGAGGCACAGUGGCAUCAUCCUUGUCUGUGGCACUCCUGACUCCAGCCCUGGCACAUGAGGAACUGCCAUGGCACAGGGCAUGUGCCCUGGCACAUGAGGCACAACCGUGGCAUUCCCGACACCGGCCCUGGCACACCAAGCACCAUUGCCAUCUCCAAGCAUGGCACACGAGGCACCACUGCACCACUCUGACCCCAGGGUGCAAUUCCCUGCGGUGGCACACCGGUGGGGUAGGUGGGGGGGUGCCAAUGGCUGUGCCUGGCCAGGCUGCUGGGUCCCUUCCUCGUUUUCUAGCAGUAAUGAAUAAAGUGAGACCUGUGUAAAACCACGUGGGCCGUGUCUGCG